CUCCUCCAUCCAGGUUCCGGGUUUCCUCUGCGCUCUACGGCUCCAGACGGCACAAGGAUCCGGAUCCGAGGGCCCGCAAUGAUGUUGUCCACUGGGCAUGUACUGACCAAUGUGGCAGGUCUGAGAACGUAGCUGAAGCUGAAACUAGGAAAGCUGGGGGCAAGGAAGAGCCUUGAAUCUUGAGGUGGGACGUUGACUCUAAGAUGUCCUUGAGCAGUGGAGCCUCCGGAGGGAAAGGAGUGGAUGCAAACCCGGUUGAGACAUACGACAGUGGGGAUGAAUGGGACAUUGGAGUAGGGAAUCUCAUCAUUGACCUGGACGCCGAUCUGGAAAAGGACCAGCAGAAACUGGAAAUGUCAGGCUCAAAGGAGGUGGGGAUACCAGCUCCCAAUGCUGUGGCCACACUGCCAGACAACAUCAAGUUUGUGACCCCAGUGCCAGGUCCUCAAGGAAAGGAAGGCAAAUCCAAAUCCAAAAGGAAUAAGAGUGGCAAAGACACUAGCAAACCCACUCCAGGGACGUCCCUGUUCACUCCGAGUGAGGGGGCAGCUAGCAAGAAAGAGGUACAGGGACGCUCAGGAGAUGGUGCCAAUGCAGGAAGCCUGGUUGCUGCUAUUGCUCCCAAGGGCUCAGAGAAGGCGGCUAAGGCAUCCCGCAGUGUAGCGGGCUCCAAAAAGGAGAAGGAGAACAGCUCGUCUAAGAGCAAGAAGGAGAGAAGCGAAGGAGUGGGGACUUGUGCAGAAAAGGAUCCUGGGGUCCUCCAGCCAGUGCCCUUGGGAGGACGGGGUGGUCAGUAUGAUGGAAGUGCGGGGGUGGAUCCAGGAGCUGUGGAGCCACUCGGGAGUAUAGCUAUUGAGCCUGGGGCAGCGCUCAACCCUUUGGGAGCUAAACCGGAGCCAGAGGAAGGGGAGAAUGAGUGUCGCCCGCUAAAGAAAGUCAAGUCUGAAAAGAUGGAGUCCCCUGUCUCCACACCAGCAGUGCUGCCACUGCACCUUCUGGUGCCCGUGGUCAAUAAUGACAUCUCAUCCCCCUGUGAGCAGAUCAUGGUUCGUACCCGAUCCGUUGGGGUCAAUACAUGUGAUGUGGCUCUGGCCACAGAGCCUGAGUGUCUGGGCCCCUGCGAACCUGGGACAAGUGUCAACCUCGAGGGCAUCGUGUGGCAGGAAACCGAAGACGGGAUGUUAGUGGUGAAUGUAACAUGGAGGAACAAGACUUAUGUAGGUACACUUCUUGACUGCACACGGCAUGAUUGGGCACCCCCGAGGUUCUGUGACUCUCCCACCAGUGACUUGGAAAUGCGCAAUGGUCGGGGUAGAGGCAAACGCAUGCGUCCCAACAGUAACACGCCUGUCAAUGAGACAGCCACAGCCUCCGACAGCAAAGGGACCAGCAGCAACAGCAAAACCCGAGCAGGAGCCAAUAGCAAAGGCCGUCGGGGCAGCCAGAAUUCUUCAGAACAUCGCCCGCCUGCCAGUAGCACCUGUGAGGAUGUCAAGGCCAGCCCUUCCUCAGCUAAUAAGCGGAAAAACAAACCCCUUUCAGACAUGGAGCUGAAUUCUAGCUCAGAGGACUCCAAAGGGAGCAAACGUGUCCGUACGAAUUCCAUGGGCUCAGCCACUGGCCCUCUCCCUGGGACCAAGGUGGAACCCACUGUUCUAGACAGAAAUUGUCCUUCCCCAGUCCUGAUUGAUUGUCCCCACCCAAACUGCAACAAAAAGUACAAGCACAUCAAUGGACUUAAGUACCACCAAGCUCAUGCCCAUACAGAUGAUGACAGCAAGCCAGAAGCAGACGGAGACAGUGAGUACGGAGAGGAGCCCACCCUCCAUGCAGAUCUCGGGAGCUGCAAUGGCGCAUCUGUCUCACAGAAGGGUUCCCUGUCCCCUGCCCGCUCAGCUACCCCCAAAGUUCGGCUCGUGGAGCCCCAUAGCCCUUCUCCUUCAAGCAAAUUCAGCACAAAAGGCCUCUGUAAGAAAAAGUUGAGUGGGGAAGGGGACACAGAUCUCGGGGCCUUAUCCAAUGAUGGCUCUGAUGAUGGACCCUCAGUAAUGGAUGAAACAAGCAAUGAUGCUUUUGAUUCUUUGGAAAGGAAGUGUAUGGAAAAGGAAAAAUGUAAAAAGCCCUCUAGUUUGAAACCUGAAAAGAUUCCUUCCAAAAGUUUAAAGUCAGCCCGGCCCAUUGCCCCUGCCAUUCCCCCACAGCAAAUUUAUACCUUCCAGACAGCCACCUUCACGGCAGCAAGCCCAGGCUCCUCCUCAGGCUUGACCACCACCGUGGUCCAGGCCAUGCCCAACAGUCCCCAACUGAAGCCCAUUCAGCCCAAGCCCACUGUGAUGGGAGAACCUUUUACAGUCAACCCUGCCUUGACUCCAGCCAAGGACAAGAAAAAGAAAGAGAAAAAAAAGAAGGAAUCUUCAAAGGAACUUGAAAGUCCUCUGACCCCUGGGAAGGUAUGUCGAGUAGAAGAAGGCAAAAGCCCAUUCAGGGAGUCAUCGGGAGAUGGGAUGAAGAUGGAGGGCCUCCUGAAUGGCUCCUCAGACCCCCACCAGAGCCGACUGGCCAGCAUCAAGGCAGAAGCUGACAAGAUCUACAGUUUCACAGACAAUGCUCCCAGCCCUUCAAUUGGAGGCAGUAGCCGCCUAGAUAGCACUACCCCUACCCAGCCCAUGACCCCGUUACACGUAGUGACCCAGAAUGGAGCUGAAGCCAGCUCAGUCAAAACCAACAGCCCUGCAUACUCUGACAUUUCUGAUGCUGGGGAGGAUGGAGAGGGUAAAGUGGACAGUGUCAAAUCCAAGGACCCCGAGCAGCUGGUCAAGGAAGGGGCCAAGAAAACUCUUUUCCCCCCUCAGCCACAGAGCAAAGACUCACCAUAUUACCAAGGCUUUGAAAGUUACUACUCUCCAAGCUAUGCACAGUCCAGCCCAGGGGCUCUGAACCCCAGCAGCCAGGCAGGAGUGGAGAGCCAGGCUCUGAAGACAAAAAAGGAUGAGGAACCUGAGAGCAUAGAGGGAAAAGUGAAGAACGAUGCCUGUGAGGAAAAGAAGCCGGAGCUGAGCAGUUCCAGCCAGCAGCCCUCCGUCAUCCAGCAGCGUCCCAACAUGUACAUGCAGUCCCUGUACUACAACCAGUAUGCCUACGUGCCCCCCUACGGCUACAGCGACCAGAGCUACCACACCCACCUCCUGAGCACCAACUCCGCUUACCGACAGCAGUACGAAGAGCAGCAGAAACGGCAGAGCUUGGAGCAGCAGCAGCGAGGACUGGACAAGAAGGCCGAGAUGGGCCUGAAGGAGCGGGAGGCAGCACUUAAGGAAGACUGGAAGCAAAAGCCGCCAAUUCCACCAACUCUCACCAAGGCCCCCAGCCUCACGGACCUGGUAAAGUCAGGACACAGCAAGGCGAAGGAGCCAGGGGCGGAUCCUGCCAAGUCAGUCAUUAUUCCCAAGUUAGAUGACUCUUCCAAACUCCCCAGCCAGGCCCCAGAAGGACUUAAAGUAAAGCUGAGUGAGGCCAGCCACCUAGGCAAGGAGGCUUCUGAGGCCAAGACAGGUGCCGACUGUGGCCGACAGGCAGAGGUGGAUCCAAUACUCUGGUACCGACAGGAAGCAGAGCCCCGGAUGUGGACGUAUGUCUAUCCUGCCAAGUACUCGGACAUCAAGUCAGAGGAUGAGAGGUGGAAAGAGGAGCGGGACCGCAAACUGAAGGAGGAAAGGAGUCGGAGUAAGGACUCUGUUCCCAAGGAGGAUGGGAAGGAAAGCACAAGUAGUGACUGCAAGCUGCCCACACCAGAGGAAUCCCGCCUCGGGAGCAAGGAGCCCCGACCCAGCGUCCACGUGCCUGUGUCCUCCCCCCUCACCCAGCACCAGUCCUACAUCCCCUACAUGCACGGCUACUCCUACAGCCAGUCCUAUGACCCCAGCCACCCCAGCUACCGUGGCAUGCCUGCCGUGAUGAUGCAGAACUACCCAGGUUCCUACCUGCCUUCCAGCUAUUCUUUCUCCCCAUAUGGCAGCAAGGUCUCGGGGGGUGAAGAUGCUGACAAGGCCCGAGCUAGCCCCAGUGUCAGUUGUAAAUCCAGCUCAGAGUCUAAAGCCCUGGACAUCUUGCAGCAGCAUGCCAGUCACUACAAGAGCAAGUCUCCCACGAUAAGUGAUAAAACUUCUCAGGAGAGAGAUCGGGGAGGCUGUGGGGUGGUUGGGGGUGGUGGCAGCUGUAGCAGCGUCGGGGGAGCAGGCGGGGGUGAAAGGAGUGUUGACCGGCCCCGCACCUCCCCUUCUCAGCGCCUGAUGUCCACGCACCACCAUCACCACCACCUGGGGUACUCACUGCUCCCAGCACAGUACAACUUACCCUACGCAGCAGCCAUUGUUGCCAGCCAGCAAGGCGCAACUCCUUCACUCUACCCACCCCCCCGGAGGUGAGAAUGAACACCAAGUGCCCGGAUAAAGUCAGCUUCACGGGCCCGGACUGGCUUACCCAAGGAGGUGCUGGAGGUGCCGUUUAGACAUCAGUUAAAUGGUGUUGAUCAUCCUGUUUGCCGUUCCCACCAUGACUGAAGGCAGAUCCUUGGCUAUCUCGCCUCCACCAGACCCCCGGACUCCCCGACCCUCCCUCUUCCUCAGGAGCUGGAGAGCUGGUACUUAGCAAAAGUAUUUAUUCUCUUGGCCACGGCCGUGACUGUUGUGGCCUCUGUGGAGAUGAAGGCAUGGGGAGCAACCAGGGGAACAUGGCCUCAGCCCAGAGAAGUUACUGCUCUGUUCCCCAAGCCAUGGUCAGCUGCCAGAGUAGUACCAACCCCCCAGGGAGGGCCCCCCAAGCACUGGGUAAGGUCUGAAGACAGCACAGCAGCCAUACCCCUUUCACCGUCAUUACCACCAUCACCAGACCCUGCAUCUCCCCAGUGGUUUGGGCCCUGGGAACUGGCAGCACGUGGAGGAAUUAGAAUCUCAGGAAAGAAAUUGGGGGCUGUUUUCUCUGCAGUUGUGAAAACAAGGUCUUCAAACGUGAAGACUUCUCCCCUCUCACAUGAGCACAUGUAAAUGCUCAGAGCCCAGCCUGGAAAGGGAGACCAAGGCAUCUGCCCACUGUGGCCUUGGGCUGCCCGUCAGGCAGAGAGCCGGGGCCCCGAGGCCAGCAUCGGGCUCCCUGGGGAUUCCAGGCAAGAGCUGGAGCACGAACGGAGCCUGUGAACGAGACGCUGCGUCCCACCAAGUCCUGCUGCCCUUAGCCUCCCCCUUGCCCUGUCCUCAUCUCCCUCCCGACCCCUUGGUGCCUUUUCCAGGGGCAUCUCAUCUCUCUUCUUCCUUUCCACUGCUUGGCUUUUAAGACUCAGGCAGGUAAAAUCGUAUUCCCCCAGCAUGGGGAGCUUUGGAGUCUGCCAGGAGGCAGGCCCUGGGAGCGCCUAGCCCUCUGAGAGAUGUCCUGUCCAAGCAGCCAUCCAAGUGUCGGCCUCAUCAAGGGGUCCAGUUCUGUCCAGCCCAGUUUCUCUGUACACAACCACAUGACUUCCUAUAGCUCAACCUGUAGCCCCACGCGUGCCAACAUGAGCCGUGUUUCUUUGUAACUCAACGUUUUUGUUUUAGGGAACACUGCACCUUGGAGGGCGUCUGUCUGUUCCUUAGACCCUAGGACAACACGUGCAAGCCAUUACUCCUCAGAGCCGCCGGGCGUAGUCAGUGGAGCUGUGCUCUGAGGCAGACACAGUUCUCUGCUCUCCUUAGAAAUGCAGUCCAGUCCAGGCUUUAUGCUCUUUGUCCUGGGAAAGUGACAAUGAUCUGGUAGCUUUACUACAGUCACUUCUUCCCCAAGGUGUGGGGAGCUUUAGCUCUUACUUUGUUUUUGAGAUAUCAUCCCUUUGUCCUCCUCCUCUCCUGUCUUUCCUUGACCCUCUGGAUUGAGAGAUGAAGACUGACAGACACCAAGCUAGGUUAGAGACGAGUCUUUGUGACCAGAGUGCCAAAAUGACCAUUUAAGAGCAGGGACUUGGCUCUGACAGUGUGGGGCAUGGAGAUGGAAGACAGUAAGCACAACGCCCAGCAGAGGCUGCUUUCCGAGAUCCCCGGAGGAGCCCCAUUCUAGAGAGGUGUAGGGUCUUUUGCCCAAGAGGAGCCCCUCUGAUCUAUAGACCUUUCCUCUAGGUUCCCAUGUCCUUGUUUUUGUUCAAGUUGGGUUCUGAGCCCUCUCCCAAACCCUGCUGAUUUAGACCUCCUAGCAGGCCCUUGAGCAGCCUCCCUGUCCCCUUCAGUCCUUCUGCCCCCCGCUGUCCUUUCGGGAGUGCUCUGAGCAGUGACUUCCCUCUUACCCAUGGAAGUCAUCAGUGUGGACAUCUUCACCCCACCUCACCUGAGUCGUCCCCACCCAAAGGAUGGCUCUGAAUUUCAGCCUGCUCAUGCCCUCCCGGCUCCUGUUGGGUGGAGUCAUGGGCCCAUCUCUGUUCCUGUUUGUUUUUAAAUAUUGUGUGUUUUGUAUCUGUGGCGCUGCCUUACAGCGUGCUCUGUACAUAUUGUGAAGAAACCGUUUGGAGUAAUUUUCUUUUCCGUUGGGUAGGCAUAGCCCAGGAUUCCUGCCCUUUCCACUUCGUUCUGUAACAGAGACGAGGAACUUCUGUGUUAGCAGGACAGCCUUGGGUUCUGCAGAAGGGAACAGCUUUUUUUCUUUUUUUCUCCCCCUUAAAAAACAUUUGGCUUUUUGACCCUUAUAUCCUGAAAAGCAGGAGCUGAGCUGCCCGGAAGAGCAGAUGAGAGCAUCGAUGGCAGAACAGCACUGCCUUUCCCUGAUCCUCCUGGUCCCCGAUCCUUACCAGGCCUGUCGUCCCUCCCUGAGGUGACAUGAAGCAGCAGCAGUGAUGGGUGAAACAGCCUUGAGGAGCACUGAGUGAAGGGUUUGCUGUCCGCCUCUAGCCUCUCUCCCUGGGGAGGAGGACCACAGGUGGGGACCUGUGGCACUGGCAACCCAGUCACAGGGAUGACUCUCUCAAGGAUCCCCACCCCACUUCACCCCAGCAAAGGCUGGACGAGUUUGCUGCUAACGGCCAAGGUCACCAGACCAAGGCUCUCUCUGAGCUCUCCCUGGCCCAGUUCUCUUGACAGACACGGCUCAUCCGAGCCCCACAGAGAAGCUGGCGGGAGGCAGCCUCGUGCCCAAGUAGGACAGCCAAGGCUUGGAGACCUGCUCUCUAGGACUGACAUCUGCUUCCUCCUCAUUUAAGUUGUGCCAGUUCCCUUCAUCCCCUUUCCCUGCCUGUACAUGUAUGUAUACAUGUAUAUUUCCUUCUCUUACCUCACCCCCUCCACACAUCUCAAGGUCAACGGACCAUAUGCAGAAGGCUUAAGAGGGCACCCAUGAAAUGAAAUGAUGCUUCUUGAAUCUCUUCUCUCCAGGCUCCAAGGUGGGGGUGGGAGGGCUUGGUCUUGGGAGCGGGAGGAAAAGGCUACAGAAGGGCUAGUGUCAUUGUAUACGGGCCACUUGUUAUCCCACACACCUUACCACCAUCUCAAGUGUCUACUCUGAUGCCCCCAAGAUUCAACUGGGCAGCUAGCUGGCCCCCUAAUUCUGGGCCUUUGUUAUUUGUUUUAUUAUUAGGGCAUCCCAGGAAGCUUUCUGCUGAUCCUCUGCCAUGGGCCCCUCCUGGGAUCGAGCCCUUCCCAGGCCCCGUCCCCGGCCCCUCCUGCCCCAGCCCACCCGCUUGCCUUGGUGCUCAGCCCCCCAUUGGGAGCAGGUUGGGGCGAGCUGGAGGCCCGGGCUGGAGGGGCAGUGUUGCUGUUCAUAGCUUUUGUUCCAUUGGCGUUGCUCUGUUGAAUUUAAUUUCAGUCUUCCUGAUUCUUCCCUUCUGUAAAGUGUACAUUACCAAGUUCCUUGUUUUUUUAUAUAUAUAUAUAAAUAUAUAUAUAUACAAACUGUACUCUUUUUGCCUUUGUACAUUCAGGCAAGAAGAGAAAAUAAAUCUUUUUAAGAGACAAUCACAAAUCUGUGAGGGCUGCUGGUUAUUUCUCCUGGAGUCUGCUGCUGAGCUGCCUCUCUCUCCUCCUCACUCUUCCGUCCUCCCUCAGCUCUCCUGAUCUUCCAGUCCUGCUCCAUACACCUCCUCAGCUCCACCUUCCCUGGCUGAUGGCAUGCUGUUGAGUCCCGUGUCCAGCCUACAUACCCUGCAGCCCUUCCCUGGCCUGGCUGCAGGCUUACCCAGGAGCUUUAUCCUGGGCCCUGGCUUCUCCUGUCACCCGGUGCCAACCACCUCCCACCGCCCCGCCCCACCCUGCCCCCAUAGAUCCCAUUCACCAAAGUGGCUUUCACACUCGCUGUGAAACUAUGCAGCUGGGAGCUCUCUAAGAGUUUGCACUACUUGAACCUGCCAGGGAGUUAGAUGAAUUUUAGGAACCAGUGGGAAACUGAACACUCCCCUAGAUGCUAGUCGCCAGAGUUGCUCCACCAAGAGCGCAGAGCAUAGUGCUUGGCGGGUGGACUCCUGUGGCUAACAGAACAAGGGCUACGGGCUUAUGGGUCAAGAGCAUUUGAUCAGAAUUUCAAAGGGCGGUACAUUCAGAAAGGCAGCCCAACCAAACCAUUGUUCCACCUCUUGAACUUUCUCCUUUCCCUCUAAUUUCCUCCUCCUCCCCUUUUUUCCCUUUCUCUCUACUUCCUUUUCUUAAUUGGCUUUGGAACUGAAGUAUAUUUUUAAAUUAUUUGUUGUAUUUAUUGAAUAAAGUUUUUAAUGUCCCUGUUCUUAAAUUUA